AAGGAAGCUUAUUUGCUACGGAGUAUUUUAUAUUCCUUGAAAAGUUGAGAGAGAUCAGAGAUGAAGGUAGCUGAAGUGCUUCGAAUGAAUGGAGGAAUUGGAGACACCAGUUAUGCCAACAACUCCCUUAUUCAGCAAAACGUGAUACAGAUAACAAAGCCCAUAACAGACCAAGCCAUAACAAGCCUCUACACCACCCUCAUCAACAACCCUAAGACUAUCUCCAUUGCAGACUUGGGGUGUUCCUCUGGCCCCAACACUUUGCUCACAGUCUCUAACCUCAUGAAAGCCGUCGACAACCACCGGAAGAAGCUCCGGCGGCAACACUCACCGGAGUUCCAGAUUUACUUAAAUGACCUUCCCACCAACGACUUCAACACCAUUUUCCAGUCGUUGCCAAAACAUAGGAGGGAGAUAGCAGGAGACGGGUCUGGGCUGUGUUUCUUCAAUGGAGUUCCUGGUUCAUUUUAUGGAAGGCUUUUCCCCACCGAUAGCCUCCAUUUUGUUCAUUCUUCUUAUAGUCUCCAUUGGCUAUCUCAAGUACCUAAAGGAAUAGAAGAGAACAAGGGUAACAUUUCGAUGGCAAGUGAUAGUCCACCAACUGUGAUAAAGGCAUACUAUGAUCAAUUUGAACGAGAUUUUUCUACUUUUCUCAAGUGUCGUUCUAUAGAAUUGGUGAAAGGUGGGAGAAUGGUUUUGACCAUGUUGGGUAGACAAAGUGAAAACCCUACUUGGGAUAUUUGGGAACUCCUAGGUUUAGCCCUCAAUGAUAUAGCUGCAGAGGGUUUUGUGGAAGAAGAGAAACUAAAUUCGUUUAAUUUGCCUGUAUACGGACCAUCUUUAGCAGAAAUAAAAUUGGUAAUUGAAAAGAAUGGUUCCUUCACUAUUGAUCGCUUAGAGAUUUCUAGAAUUCAUUGGACUGGAAAUAUUGGAAGUGAGGAUGAAAAUAUUGUUAGUGACGAGGGUAAUGGUGGGUACGGUGUUGCUAGAAGCGUAAGAGCUGUGGUUGAGCCUAUGCUUGUUAGCCACUUCGGCCAAUGAAUAAUUGAGGAGUUGUUUCAUAGGUACAAAAAGAUGAUUGAUGAUUCCAUGUCGACUCGUCCGGAGGACACUCAAUUCACUAAUGCUACUGUUUCCAUUAUUAAAGUGUAAUUUUAUUCUAAAUGUAUCGCCAAUUUCUACUUAAUUUGUGUGUUUAGUUAAGAUUUUCAUGUAAUAUUAUCUUUAAAUUCACUAUAAAUAAUAUAAGCAGUAUAAAUAAGUGUAUUUUUAUUUGUACUUUUAGU